AUGGCGUCGGAGUAUCAGCGUGACGCUAGCACUACACCAGAAAUGCAGGAUGAAAUGCCUUUCAAUUCUUGGUUACCAUUUUGCGCAACCAAACACGAAACAAAGAGGAAGUUUUUAUCACAAGGACCACAAGCCGAUCCAUUCAUUGGAGUUCAGUAUCACAGCGGAUACGUCGAUGUUGGGAAAGAGGGAGGAGAAAUGUUCUAUUGGUAUUUUCCCAACGAAAAACAAACCGCCAACUCUCCAUUCAUUAUUUGGCUAACUGGAGGCCCAGGGUGUUCAUCUGAACUUGCAGCGUUAACUGAGAAUGGUCCCUUAACGAUUCAACCUGAUGUCACUGUUACAAACAAUCCGUAUUCAUGGUCAAACGUCGCUGAUGUCGCCUAUAUCGACCAGCCACUUGGGACAGGAUUUUCAUCGACUGGGAAUCCCAGCAAUUACGUUACAAAUGAAAAAACGGUUGCGUCAGAUAUGCGCGAGUUUUUAGAGCAAUUCAUCGAUCUGUAUCCACAACUGAAGAACAGACCUUUCUAUAUAACUGGCGAGUCCUACGCUGGUCACUACAUCCCGUCCGUUGCCCAUCUUUUGCUGAAGAAGCCUGUUGAGGGUUUGAACCUUCAAGGAGUUGCUAUCGGAAAUGGCUGGGUGGAUCCUCGUUCGCAAUAUCCAGCUUAUGCGGACUUCGCAUUUGAGCACAACAUGAUUGGGCGAAUUGGAUACGAAGUCGCGCGCAAGGGACUUGAAGGUUGUACAAAAUUAAUUGAUAACGGUUUAUGGCCCCUAGCUGUCAUUCAAUGUAACUCUAUUGUCAAUGGUUUGCUGGGAAAGAAGAAUCCCUACGACGUUCGCCUUGACUGCGAGACUCCUCCUCUGUGUUACAACACAACGGCUCUCGAUUCUUUCAUGAAUCUUGAUUCGGUCCAAACAGCAUUGGGAGUUCAUAAACCAUGGAAGGAGUGUAAUGCAUUGGUCUACGCGCUGAUGCUCGGAGAUUGGGUGACUGAAACGAGAACCAAAGUUGGGGAGCUGCUGUCGGAAGGCAAGAAGGUUCUUGUUUAUAGCGGUAACCAAGAUUUCAUUUGCAACUGGCGUGGAGGUCAAGCGUGGGUCGAAAACAUUGAGUGGGAUCAUCAGGAUGAUUUCACAUCGAAAGAUUUCAAACCCUGGAAUAUUGACGGGAAAGAAGUUGGAAAAAUGCGUCAAGUUGAAAAUCUAACGUUUUUGGUUGUGUAUGAUGCGGGGCAUAUGGUUCCAAUGGACCAACCAUCAACUGCUCUUGCUAUGCUAUCAAGCUUUCUGAUGAAUAACUUCGUUGAAGACGAGACGACGCCAGACUUUGAGCUUGAGUCUGUUGCCAGAGCAAUAGUGACAGCGUAG